AUGUCUAAUUGGACAAGCCUGUGGUACGUCUGGUUAAUCUUGCUGACGCUGUUCCUGCUCCUGCUCUGUGGGAUCACUGCAAGCUGCAUCAGCUUCUGCUGCCGGAGGAAGAGGCUGCCAGUGGAGACCUUCUCUAGGCACCCUUGUGAUCUGCCAGCUCUUGCUAUUGACAGUGACAGCACUGCCCACAGCACAGUGACCUCAUAUAGCUCGUGGCAGUACCCUCUGAGUGCCCCUCUUCCUUCACUGUUUGUGCACAUGGAUAAGAACAUUGUGUCCCCUCCACCCUACAGUCUCUAUGCAAUGGAGUUGCCACCUUCUUAUGACGAAGCUGUCCAAAUGGGUAAACAAUACACUGAGGGAGCACAGAUAAGCCAGAAACUCCAUGAUGUCCCUGGAGAGGUGACGCCAGAUGGGCUGAAUCCCACCCAGUGUUCACCUGACACAAUCAACAGAGAUUCUACGACACAGGCAAGUUCAGAAAAUUCAGAAGAUGCAACACAGGAACAGCCGCAGCGCUGA